AAUAGGAGGAGACCUAUAGAAAAUUACCCCUAAAAAAAACUACACCUAAGAAAAAUUGCCCCAUAAAUCGCGUGUUUACAACAAAAUACCCCGCCGUAUCUGAGCAGUGAAACUCGAUUAAAACUUGAAAGCGCGGGAAAAUCAUCGUAGGGUAGGGUCUCCGGCGAAGCAAUACUCGGGAAGUAGAAAUGGAGAAUCAGGAUAUGGAGUUGGAGAAGGCGAAAUUGAUAAGCUUGGCUCUGGAAUUCGGAUUUGACGAGGAAUCCGCCAACAAAUGCUUGCACCGCCUUGUUGACCUAUAUGGUGAUGAUGGGCGAGAUUUCAUCACUGUGGAGUGCUGUGGUGACGACUUUCUGGCAUCACUUGCUGAGUUUAUGCAAGACACUGAGGAUUGGGAUGAUGUGCAAGCCAUGGAAUCAGAAGCUUGUGGUGCCUUGGCCGAGAUUCUGGACAAGGAUCUUCACAACUAUGGUUCUGAGGUUGAAAGAAGAAGUAGCCAAAUUCAUGUCAUAAACGAUUCUCCUGAAUCUCAGAAUCCUCAAACUAUCAUGCAACUGGAUUCUUCAAGUGAGGAUGAAGUGGCACUCCAAAGUAUUUCCAAGAAACGUACGAAACCUUCCUCUGAUAGUUUUACGAAUGUCAACACUCGUAGCACUUCACCAAGUUUGAUUAGACCUUCAUCAAUCUCAGACUAUUGGAGUGAUCCAGCUCAAAGUUCAGUUUCAUCGAUUUCCGACGGGACUCUGUCAUAUGAAGAGCUGCAGAAACUGGAUGAUAUAGAACUGGCAAAUGUUGUUGUAUUUGGUAAUAGAGGUUUUCGGCCAUUGCAGCAUCAGAUUUGUAAAGCAUUUCUUGCUCAGCGAGAUUGUUUUGUUCUUAUGCCUACUGGAGGUGGUAAGAGUCUUUGUUACCAGCUUCCAGCCAUUCUCCGGCCAGGUGUUACGAUUGUUAUAUCUCCACUUCUUUCCCUCAUUCAAGAUCAGAUUGUUACAUUGAAUCUCAAAUUUGGAAUACCAGCAACUUUCUUAAAUUCUCAACAGAAGCCUUCACAAGCCGCAGCCAUACUUGAGGAAUUAAGGAAAGAUAAGCCUUCAUGUAAACUUUUGUAUGUAACUCCAGAAAGGGUUGCUGGAAAUUUACCAUUUCAAGAGAUCCUAAAAUGUCUGCACGUUAAGGGACAAUUAGCAGGAUUUGUUGUUGAUGAAGCUCACUGUGUGAGCCAAUGGGGUCAUGAUUUUCGUCCAGAUUACAGACUCUUAGGUUGCCUUAAGCAGAAUUUCCCACGUGUUCCUCUUAUAGCUUUAACUGCAACUGCAACACAAAUAGUUCGUAAGGAUAUCUUAAACUCGUUGAGAAUCCCCAAUGCAAUAGUGCUCGAGACGAGUUUUGAUCGGCCCAACUUGAAGUAUCAAGUGAUAGGAAAAACUAAAGAACCGCUCAAGCAGCUGGGGAAAUUACUGACGGAUCAUUUCAAGAAUCUAUGUGGAAUUGUUUACUGCCUUUCGAAAAACGAAUGUGUGGAGGUAUCGAAGUUUCUGAACGAGAAAAUGAAGAUCAAAAGUGCGUAUUACCAUGCUGGUUUGUCUGCUCGUCAGAGGGUUGAAGUUCAGAAGAAAUGGCAUAGUGGAGAAGCCCAUGUCGUUUGCGCUACCAUAGCUUUUGGGAUGGGAAUCGACAAACCUGAUGUUCGAUUUGUUGUUCACAACAGCAUGUCGAAAUCAAUAGAGAGUUACUAUCAGGAAUCUGGAAGGGCGGGAAGAGAUAAUAUGUCAGCCACGUGUGUUGUUCUCUACCAGAAGAAGGAUUUUAGUAGAGUCGUUUGUAUGCUUAGAAGUGGGCAAAGGGGUAAAAGUGAGAGCUUCAAACGGGCUAUGGAUCAAGCUCGGAAAAUGCAAAUGUAUUGUGAACUCAAGGUUGAAUGCCGUAGGCAAGCUUUACUCGAACACUUUGGAGAAUCCUUUGAGCCGAGCGCUUGCAAAAAUGGCCCCAGUCCUUGUGACAACUGCCUCAAGUUGAAUCAAUGACAUUACAGCAGUUCACACAUUUUUCUGUCGGCAUAACAUUAUUUCAGACUGAGGACUAAAUUAAUGUUAUCCUUUAUUUUUCCUUCUUGAAUUGAGCCAUAGCUUGAUACAGUUAAACCUAGCGGUGUAAACGAGCCGAGCUUGGCUGUUUUGGCGAGCUCGAGCUCUUCGAGUAUUGUUUUUUUCUGAGCUCGAGCCUAGCUAAGCCAUUUUGUGUAUUUUUUAUUUUUUAUUAAUAUUAUUAGAAAUUUAUUAUUAUAAAUUAUAAUAAAA